CAAUUUCGAAAUCUGUUAUCAAAUGAACAACAUUCACCGAUUGAAAUUCGAAAUCUUCUGUGUUACUGUGUAAACCCCUUUAGCGCCAUGGCUUCCUUGUCGACCAUUACUCAGCCGUCGUUAGUGCACAUUCCCGGCGAGUCCGUCCUCCAUCACGUGCCAAUCACGUGCUCUUUCCCUUGGAAGCCAACAGUCACCAAGCGGAUUCUCUGUUCGCCGGCACGGAACUCCGGUGAUAUGUCUGCGGAGGCAGAAACCGACGGUGGAUCUAGCACCGCCGUUGAUGAGGCACCGAAAGAGACUCCGUCUUUAAUCUCAGCUCUCAACGUCGAACGCGCUCUCCGCGGCCUUCCGAUUACAGAUGUGGAUCACUACGGCCGGCUUGGGCUUCCCAGAAACUGUUCUUAUGAUCAGGUUAGAAGUGGUUACCAAGAUAGAGUUAAGGACCUAAUGGGACAAGGGCUAGACGAAGAACUGCUCAAGAACAAGAUGGAGCUUAUCAAAGAUUCAUAUACGAUCUUGUCGUCCGUGGAAGAGAGAAGAAUGUACGAUUGGAGCUUAGCCAGAAGCGAAAAAUCAGACCGGUACGUGUGGCCAUUCGAGGUUGACAUCAUGGAACCAUCCAGAGAAGAGCCGCCUCCUCAGGAACCAGAAGAUGUAGGACCGACGAGGAUUCUGGGAUACUUUAUUGGUGCAUGGCUUGUCCUUGGUGUUGCUCUUUCUGUUGCAUUCAAUCGUUAGCCUCUUACACUGUUCUUUCACAAUCUCAAAUAACUUUCGAUGUAUAUUUAGUCACCAUUUAAACACCUACGUGUAAUAUCUGACCAUGUUCAAGCUACAAUCAUAUGUUUAUAAACAGAACAAUAAGCAAUUAAGUUUUCUCCA